AUGUUAAAUGAAUCACUCAAUACAGAAAUUCCAAAUGAACCUAUAGACCCAACAUCAAAGACAAAAUGGACCAGACCAGUAAAAUCGGAUCCAGAUCAAGAUUUGAAAGAUAGAUUUUUGAACCCUUCAAAUGUUUUACCAUGGGAUUUGCUAGAUUUGAUUCAAGACGUUCCUGAGCAAGAUCCAAAAGAAUUUUAUGAUGCUUUAUUGAGUGUCCCAAAGACCAUCUCUCGUUCUUCUUAUAGGCUGAAAAGAAAAGGUAUUGAAGGUAAAGUGUACAAUUAUGCUGAAGAAGUGAAUGCCACUGAUCUACAACAAUCCAAUGCCUCUACUUCAUUGUCAAUUAAUAGAAAAUACACUUCAAAAGAAAGUGCCAUUAAAGGGAGCACUAGUUUUUUGCCUUUCCAACCUGGUGGGAUUCAAAUGAGUAACCAAUUGAAAGAUAAUACUGCAAUGCUUCACAGAGAUUCUGAUGGGCUUUUUGAUAUUGCACAAGGCUUAUCAAGAGGUUUGAAUUUAGGUGAUAGCCAAUCUGUUGAUGAUUUGAAGAAAUUGGAAGAAGUCGCUGAAAAUGAAGAACAACCAGAUCACGAUGGAGAAAUUAAGGGAAUCGAAAGUGGCGAUGUUUUGGAAUCUUUGAGCUCAUUAACUACAGAAAAAUCAUCAAAUAAUACCACUGUCAACUCCAAGUUUGAGAAAGAAAUCGAUGAAUUAUUACCAGUUGACAUCAAUUUUGGACGUACUUUAGUUGCUAAAGAGUUUGAAACUGAAAGGCGUAAAGACUGGGCGCAUGUUGUUGAUUUAGACCAUAAGAUUGAAAACUUUCACGAAUUGAUUCCAAACAUGGCUAGGGAAUGGCCUUUUGAAUUGGAUACUUUCCAGCAAGAAGCUGUUUAUCAUUUGGAACAAGGUGAUUCUGUUUUUGUUGCAGCACAUACCUCUGCAGGUAAAACUGUUGUUGCAGAAUAUGCUAUUGCUAUGGCUAACAGAAAUAUGACCAAGGCUAUAUAUACUUCUCCUAUAAAAGCCUUAUCCAACCAAAAAUUCAGAGAUUUCAAGCAAGAUUUCCCAGAAGUUGAUGUUGGUCUAAUUACUGGUGAUGUUCAAAUUAACCCUGAAGCUAAUUGUUUGAUUAUGACUACAGAGAUUUUAAGAUCCAUGUUGUAUCGUGGUGCUGAUUUAAUCAGAGAUGUCGAGUUUGUUAUUUUCGAUGAAGUCCAUUAUGUUAAUGAUAUAGAUAGAGGUGUGGUUUGGGAGGAAGUUAUUAUUAUGUUACCUGAUCAUAUCAAAUUCAUCUUAUUGUCAGCUACUGUUCCAAACACUUUUGAAUUCGCUAACUGGGUUGGUAGAACAAAACAUAAAGAUAUAUAUGUUAUUUCUACUCCAAAGAGACCUGUCCCAUUAGAAAUUAACAUUUGGGCUAAAAACAAAUUAUUCAAAGUUAUUGAUGCUGAUAAGAAGUUUGUUGAGUCUAGCUUCAAUCAACAUAAGGAACAUUUAGAAGGUCCUAAAGCUUCUCAGAAUAAUGCUCGUGGAGGAGGUGCUGCUGGACGUGGAGGCCGUGGAGGCGCCCGUGGUGGAACUGUUGCGAGAGGUGGUAAUCGUGGAGGUCGUGGAGGUAAUAGCAAUGGUGGAUUCGGUCGUGGAGGCUCUCGUGGUGGUGGUAACACAGGGAAUAAUUUCAAGAGAUUUCAAGUUGAUCGUCCAAACAAGAAUACUUGGAUUGAAUUGGUUCAAUUUCUGAACAGUAAUAGCUUGUUACCUGCUGUUAUUUUUGUUUUUUCCAAGAAAAGAUGUGAAGAAUAUGCAAACACCUUGGGUAGUGUUGAUUUCUGCAAUGCUAAAGAAAAAUCUCAGAUCCAUAUGUUUAUUGAUAAAGCCGUUGCAAGAUUGAAAAAAGAAGAUCGUGAGCUACCUCAAAUUCUAGCUGUUCGAGAAAUGUUGAGUAGAGGUAUUGCGGUUCAUCAUGGUGGAUUAUUACCGAUUGUUAAGGAAGUUAUUGAAAUCCUGUUUUCAAAGACAUUGAUCAAGAUCUUGUUUGCAACUGAAACUUUUGCUAUGGGAUUGAACUUGCCAACUAGAACUGUUGUUUUCAGUGAAUUAAGAAAACAUGAUGGUAUCAAUUUUAGAGAUUUACUUCCUGGUGAAUUUACCCAAAUGUCUGGUAGAGCUGGUCGUAGAGGUUUGGAUAAAACAGGUACUGUUAUCGCUAUGGCUUAUAAUGAUCCACUAAGCUCACUGAAAUUCAAAGAUGUCACACUAGGUGUUCCAACUAAAUUAGUUUCACAGUUCAGAUUGACUUAUAACAUGAUUUUGAAUUUGUUGAGAAUUGAAGCUUUAAGGGUUGAAGAAAUGAUCAAACAUUCUUUCAGUGAGAAUACCUCACAAACAUUGUUACCAGAACAUCAGAGUAAAUUGAAAGAGUUGGAGAAGAAAUUGGAGGAAAUACCAGUUUCAGACGAGGAUUUAGAUCCUUCAUCAGAUAUACAACAAAUCCAUAGUGCCAUUAUCCAAUACAAGCGCGUUACUGGACAAGUCAUGGCUGAAGCGUUAACACACCCAUUAUUGGCUAAAAACUUCAACCCAGGUAGAUUAAUUGUGUUCAAGGACAACAAGGGCAUUUCAAGACUAGGUUUCAUCAUCAAGCAAAAUAGAGUGUCAGCAACUCCAUCAUUUUCUGUUUUAACGUUUGAUAUGGGAGCUGCUGAGAACGAAGAGCCUUCUGGAAUGCCAUUUCUUACUCAGAUCCCUGGAUUUGUUCAAAAGCACUUCAAAAAAAUUGUUUACAAUGGUAACAUACAUAUUCGUGAAGUUUCAGUUACAGACAUUGAAUUAUUAUGCAGAGUCAGUUUGAAAGCUAGAUUGAAUGAGAUUUUAAAGAGCAACCAGGAGGAAAUUAAAGUCCUAACUGGUCAAUUACACGUCUUGCUUAAGUUUCAACAUAGAUUAGAAGAAAUUGAUUGGCAAAAAUUUGCCACAUUGAAACUUCAUGAAUUGGUAAGAGAAAGACAACAUGUUGUCCACAAAAUCGCAGACAUUACUUUACGCACAGGCUCAUCUUUCGAUGAGAAAUUUAAAACCAUUAAUCAAAGAUAUGAAAUAAGUCAACAGAUUGCUUCAUUGAAUGCAUUGAUAUCUGAUGAGAAUUUGGAGUUAUUACCAGAUUAUGAACAAAGAUUAGAAGUGUUGAAGGAUCUUGAGUUUGUGGAUAAUAAUUUAAAUGUCGUUUUGAAAGGAAGAGUUGCCUGUGAAAUCAACAGUGGAUGGGAACUAGUGAUCACUGAGCUAGUUUUGGAUAACUUCUUGGGUGAUUUUGAACCAGAAGAAAUUGUUGCAUUAUUAUCUGCCUUUGUUUAUGAAGGACGGGUGAAUGAAGAAGAAGAGGCUAAGAUUACACCAAGGCUAGAGAAGGGUAAACAGCGUAUUGUGGAUAUCAUGGGUAAAGUUUUGGAUGUUUACACUAAAUAUCAAGUCAGUUUAACAUCCGAGGAGCAAGAAUUUUUAGAGAGAAAGAGAUUUGCAUUGGUCAAUGUUGUUUAUGAAUGGGCUAGAGGUAUGACUUUCAAAGAAAUUAUGGAGCUAAGUGUUGAAGCUGAAGGUACCAUCGUCAGAGUAAUUACUAGAUUGGAUGAAGUUUGUAGAGAAGUCAAGUCAGCUGCUUUGAUUAUUGGUGAUUCUGCUCUACAUUCCAAAAUGACACAUGCUCAAGAAAAGAUUAAGAGAGAUAUUGUUUUUUGUGCAAGUUUAUACUUGUGA